AUGUCUCCCCCUCAGCCACGCUGCGUGAACCCAAAAAUAUGGCAAAGAUGCGCUGGUGCCGGCGUCAUAAUUCCGAAGCUUCACUCUAAAGUCUACUACUUUCCAAAAGGUCACUUAGAACAUGCUUGUACUUCUCCUAACGAUCACACAAUCAACAUUAUUAAUCGUUACCGUCCAUCCAUUCCGUGCAUCAUCUCCACCGUCGAUCUCCUUGCUGAUCCUUACACUGAUGAAGUCUUCGCCAAACUGCUCCUCACUCCCGUAACAGACGGUUUCAUCCAAGAAUCUCCCAGGGAUACUGACCAAGAAGAUAAGGGCGACGACAACGUUGUUUCUUUUGUGAAGAUUCUCACAAAAUCUGAUUCUAACAACGCCAUUGGAUUCUCUGUACCUCGUGCUUGCGCUGACUUGAUCUUACCGAAGCUUGAGUUUGAGGUUCCAAUGCGGUCUCAGAAAAUCUUUGUCACCGAUGUUCAAGGUGAAGUCUGGAAUUACAACCAUACCUACCAUGGGAAACCUAAGAGACACGUUUUAAACAAUGGCUGGACUCUGUUUGUGAACAAGAAGAAACUCGUCGCUGGUGAUUCUGUUGUUUUCAUGAAAAACUUAGCUGGAAAGGUAUUUGUUGGAAUCCGCAGGCACAUGAAGUUUGCUGCAGCUGAAGCAGCGGCAGUGCCGAAGGAGAAGUUAACUGAGAAAACGGUUAUCAAGGCAGCAGAAUUGGCCGAGAAGAGUAUGGCAUUUGAAGUUGUGUAUUAUCCGAGUCCUAAUUGGAAUGAUUUUGUUGUGGAUGCUAAAGUUGUUGAUGAAGCAAUCAAGAUUAAUUGGGAAUCUGGAAUGGGAGUUAAGCUUUCUUUGAAGAAUGAAGAAUCUUUAAGGAUGAGAUAUGUUCAGCCUCAGGGAACAAUCUCUAAUGCUCUUUCUAAUGUACCGAAUUGGCGCAUGCUUCAGGUUAAUUGGGAUGGACACGAAAACUUGCAGAAUCAAAACCAUGUCAAUCCUUGGCAGGUUCAACUUAUUUCCAAAGCACCUGAAAUGUAUCUACCAUUUCCAACAAAAAGGCCUAGACUUGCUGAGGGUAACAAUUUCUUGGAGGACAAUUCAGUGGAAAGGUUAACUACCGUGUCAAAAGAGCUAAACACUGGUGGUCCUGCUUGCGAUGACUUGUCGGCUCAUAACCAUAGUAGCUUGAACACUGUUGGCACAAAGUUUGUUGAGACCCAUAACUGCAACACACAAAUAGCUAGCUCUGGUUCAAUAAUGCUGUUUGGUAAGAUCAUACAGCCUGUUGAAGGCAAUUUUCAUGAUCAUGGUACCAAAUUAGAGGCAACGACAACUAGAACAAAUAGUGCUCAACAAGGUUUGGUUGCAAACAAGUAG